AUGAUCCAGAGCGUGUUCAUGAUCCAGAGCGUGUUCAUGAUCAAGAGCGUGUUCAUGAUGCAGAGCGUGUUCAUGAUGCAGAGCGUGUUCAUGAUGCAGAGCGUGUUCAUGAUGCAGAGCGUGUUCAUGAUGCAGAGCGUGUUCAUGAUGCAGAGCGUGUUCAUGAUGCAGAGCGUGUUCAUGAUGCAGAGCGUGUUCAUGUUGCAGAGCGUGUUCAUGAUGCAGAGCGUGUUCAUGAUGCAGAGCGUGUUCAUGAUCCAGAGCGUGUUCAUGAUCAAGAGCGUGUUCAUGAUCAAGAGCGUGUUCAUGAUCCAGAGCGUGUUCAUGAUCCAGAGCGUGUUCAUGAUCAAGAGCGUGUUCAUGAUGCAGAGCGUGUUCAUGAUGCAGAGUGUGUUCAUGAUGCAGAGCGUGUUCAUGAUGCAGAGCGUGUUCAUGAUGCAGAGCGUGUUCAUGAUGCAGAGCGUGUUCAUGAUGCAGAGCGUGUUCAUGAUCCAGAGCGUGUUCAUGAUCCAGAGCGUGUUCAUGAUCAAGAGCGUGUUCAUGAUCAAGAGCGUGUUCAUGAUGCAGAGCGUGUUCAUGAUGCAGAGUGUGUUCAUGAUGCAGAGCGUGUUCAUGAUCCAGAGCGUGUUCAUGAUGCAGAGCGUGUUCAUGCUCAAGAGCGUGUUCAUGAUGCAGAGCGUGUUCAUGAUCAAGAGCGUGUUCAUGAUGCAGAGCGUGUUCAUGAUGCAGAGCGUGUUCAUGAUCAAGAGCGUGUUCAUGAUGCAGAGCGUGUUCUGUGCGUCUGCCUUGGUUCAUAAACAACAGUCUAAAGGCGCGUUCAGACGCCGACGCUGGAACGCCGACGCUGGAACGCCGACGCUGGAACGCCGACGCUGGAACGCCGACGCUGGAACGCCGACGCUGGAACGCCGACGCUGGAACGCCGACGCUGGAACGCCGACGCUGGAACGCCGACGCUGGAACGCCGACGCUGGAACGCCGACGCUGGAACGCCAACGCUGGAACGCCGACGCUGGAACGCCGACGCUGGAACGCCGACGCUGGAACGCCGACGCUGGAACGCCGACGCUGGAACGCCAACGCUGGAACGCCAACGCUGGAACGCUAACGCUGGAACGCUAA